AGCCUUCUCGGUCCUGCGUCGCCGCCAGACCUCUGGACCAGGUCCCCGGGGCGGCGGCCGUCUGGGCGCGCACGCCGCGCCCGGCGGCAAUGGUCACCGCCGCCGCGCGGCCUGCGGCACGGCCCGCGGCACGGCCUGCCCGCCCGGGGCCCGCGCCGCGCGGGAGGCCCCGCACCGCGGAGCAGGACGUCGGACGGAGCCAGGACUCAGGGCGGGCCAUGGCGAGAGCUGGCCGACGAGAUCGGCCGAGAGGAGGUGGACGCGGCGCAGACGGCGCGCGCGCUGGCGGCCCUCCGGGCGGGCGGGCGCCUGCGGAGACUACAUCCAAGUGCUCCAGGGUCUCCGCGGCAAGUCGAUGUGGCACCAGGCCGUGCAUUUGCUCCUCGAGAUGCGCUUCCGCGGUCUGCAGCUGACCUCUUUCAUCUUCUACACCGCGCUGCAGGCGUGUGCAAGCCCAGAGUCACCAAGAGGGCUCCCUGCGGGUUUGCUUGCGGAGGCCCGCAAGCGCGGCGUAAAGCCCAAAGGGGUGCUGUACAACGCGGCCAUCCGCUGCGAGGCCGACGCCGGCGGCUGGGAGCAGGCGCUGGGGAUGCUGGAUGAGAUGCGGCAGCACGACGUUGUCCCAAACGAGAAGGUUUUCACUACGGUGUUCAGAGUGUGUAGAAUUGGGUGCCAACCCGACGUCGCCCUGGGCCUCCUGCAGGAUAUGAAGGAUAGCCAGUUGCCCGUGGACACACAGGCCUACGCAGCCGCCAUCGACGCCUGCGCUUGCGGGGACGGGGAGCGAUGGGAAACCGCCCUGGCCCUGCUGGAAGACAUGAGCACCGUGCAGUGCCCUCCGACUAGGGAAGCGCUCCGGGCGGCGAGCAGUGUCUGCGAGAGGGCCAAGAAGUGGCAGCACUCGCUGGCGCUCCUGCGACACGCCGCGCACCUAGGCCUGGCGCCAGACGCCAAAUCCUACAACGUCGCGAUCAGCGCAUCCAUCCGCGCGGGGAAUCCCUCCUCGGCUCUCCUGCUCUUCUGGGAGAUGGAGCGCAUCCGCGUGCAACCCGAAGUGGUCACGUACAACUUGGUGGGGGAAUUGAUGCCGCAGAAGCACGCCGAUGAGUUGCGGCAAAGGAUGCGCAGCACCGGCGAGGCCCCUACUGUACGGACCUACAACCCGAUGAUCUCAACUUUGGCGGACGACAUGCAGUGGAGAGAGGCCAUGGCGCUGCUUGGGGAGAUGGACCAGUCUGGAGUGGCACCUGACGUCCACACAUUCAACAGGCUGCUGAAAGGGUGCCGAAGGGGUCAGCUUUGGGAGGUCGCCCUGUCCCUCUUGCUCGACAUGGAGCUGCGCGAGCUAGCGGCGGACGAGUAUAGCUACAGCACAGCGAUCAGCGCCUGCUCGGGCGGCACUGCUUGGGAGUGGGCCAUCCGCCUCCUUUUCGCGAUGCCGUCGCCGAACGUGGUGUGCUUCAAUGCUGCGAUCGAUGCGUGCGGCAAGUGCGGGCAGUGGCAAUGGGCCGCCGGCCUUCUCAGUGAGAUGCGAAAGCGCGGGUUGCAGCCAGAUGCCAUCAGCUACAACAGCGCAAUCGAUGCUUGCAGCAGGGCUGGACAGAUCGAUCUUGUCCAGUACUUGAUGUGCGAGAUGAAAGCGCAGGGUAUGCAGCCUGACGCCCAGACCUACGCCGCAGCCAUCGGCGUUGGUGAACACGGAUUUUGGGAGCUAGCGCUGGUUUUUCUCCAAGACAUGCAGACAGCCGAGCCCCAGCAACCAUCGAAUGGAAUCGCUCGAUCGAGCUUCAACGAGGCAGCCCUAGAGCAGGUCGCCUGGCAUCGCGUGAUCGGCAUCUGCGGUAAAUGCGGACUGUGGGAGAAGGUUUUAAGUCUAUUUCACAGUACGCGGGAACAAAUGAUGACAGAUGCUGGUACGUAUAGAAUAGUGUCGAUGGCUCUCACAGACGCUGGUCGACGUGAGGACGCAGAGACAUUUUUUGCCGAUGCGGUACGCCAGGGCUUGUGUCCUGAUUGGCGUAUACUGCCUGACUUGAUUGAUUUGCACGACUUGCCCGUAGAGGUGGCCAAGUUGGCUGUGAGAAUGUCGGUGCGCGAGUUGCAGCGCGAUCAGAGAUUGAACAUUAUCACAGGUAAAGGGAAGCACAGCCUGAGGGAAGAAGCACUGAUUCGGCCCGCUGUGCUCUCGAUGCUCCAGGAAGACCCGGAUUUCCGAGUGACAGUCAACGACGCAGAUCCUGGGAGGUUGCUAGUGAGAGCUAUCGCCUGACUGCCAGUUGGCGGGAUCAGCGCUCGGCCCAGCGCCCUUUCGCGCCUUCUCUCGGCGCGUGCUGCCACUGUCCCUCGGUGGCCCCCGCUGGAGAGCGCGGCCGGCCGCGAGCCUGCGCUGGAGCGGCAGACGUCCUGGAGACCUGUUGGCGAGGCCUGGGACAGAGAGACCCGACGAUCUGCUCUUUUAGACCCGCGGGUCCCAAGGGUCCCGACCCUUUGCCUGUGGGUGGAGGGUUUCUCUGAAGGGCUUGGGCGACCCGUCCUCGUCGCUCGCUCGCUCGCUCGCUGACUGAAGGCCGAUGAGUACGCAGCCUCUUCUAGGAUGGUGCGAUGGAAAAAGGAACACGACACAAGCUGGACGCUCGUCAGGGUGAGUAAGGCUGGCGUUUCGCGAGGGGCGCGCGGCCCCCCUUCCAGGGGCGGAACGGUUCGCAGUGCUGGUGGCCUUUCGUUAGCUGGGUCAUUCAAAAAAUGCGUGCGCUGACCUGCACUCGCUCUGUGAGGGGAGCAAUUCUCGGGAUGCGAGGCUGGAGUCGGCCCCAGUCGCCCACGAACCCAGUCGGACGCAGAUAAAGGACGCGGCGGUGGGGAGGCGGCCUGAUUUGUUUCUGCA